UAUUUUAAAUAUUUCCUAUUUUUACAUUUUAUUGUUGUAUUUUCAAAUUUUUAUACAUUUUCAAUACUCAGAUUUUUUUUUAAAUUGAUAUUUUAUUUUUUAAAUUUAGCUUAGGAGUUUUCAGUCUCAAUUUUUAUUAUGCAUUAUGUGAUUUCUUAAUUUAAUUAUUUUAUUUUUUUGUUUUAUCUAAUUUUAAUACUUUUAUUAUUUUCUAAUUAUCUUCAUCUCUUUUACCACAUAUUUAUAUCUUUUAUUUAAAAAAAAUGAAUUGAGUAAUUAUUGUAGUUUAUACAAAUUUAUCAAAUGUGUGAAAGUAGCCACUGUCGAUGCAGGCUUCAGACUUCUUUGAAGUGAAGAACUGAAUAUUACAGUAAUUUGAUUCAAUGCACGGAGCACAUAGUCUAUUUUUGAAAGGAAAAGUUCGAUAGACUCUUUUUGAAAAGAAUUUUGAAAAGUGAAAAAAAGUGAUAUUAUUUCACUUUGUGUCCAGUUGUGAAAAAACCCCUUGUAUUAGAAUAGCCGAUUUGAUAAAGGAACCCCGUGUCUUGAAAACGAAAAGGAGAAACUCAUGGACAGGCCCAAAGGUCCACUAUUGAUUAAGAAUAAGCCAAGACUCGGGUCAUCUUCACGCAGGCCACAACAUCACGAACAAUCUUCCACCUACGAACGCACGAAUAGCGAGAGACGAGAGACAUCAGCGGCAACUCUCCUCGAGCCAACUGAAGGCUACCGAAGACUCUCCUCGUUAGAAAGCCCAUCCCCCAGUAACGGUCAGCAACUACAGCGACAUCAUCUCCUCUCUCAUGGACUCCGGCGUUUUCCUUUAUACGCCGGCGAACAAGCGGUACCAACAAUCCGGCCAACAGCACCAUCAGUCCGGCGGCAAGUAAGAGGAGCGAAGACCUGCUCUCGGUGUUGUCCGCAAUCAACCAAACCUGUUCUUCUUGGACAGAGCACCAGAAAAGAGCAGCGAAUUGACAUGACAGAUCCUUCUCUCUGCCAAGCUUCUUCUGCAACUGGGAUUUUGAAAGCAAAAUUUUCUGCCUCUGGAUUUUGAACGCCGGUUGGUUAAAGAUGAGUUUGACCAAGCAUGAUAACUUCCGAAGCUUGAGAUAUCUUCUGCAAUACGGUAAAAAAAACUUGAUAAAGAAAGAAUGGAAAAGGUAAUUCACCUAUUGCUUUACAGCUUCGGAGAUGUUGAUCGAGCUUGCCUUCAGGAAUUUUGAUGGCCUUUGCAAAUUGCUGGGAGUGAGGUAAAGGUGCAAAAGAGAAGAAGAUGAGUUGAUAUUUAUUCACGGUAAUAGAUCUCAAAUCAGGUAGAUUAAAUCCUACUCCUUAAUAGAACUAUAGAAGAAAAGUUCUUAGAUGAAGUCAAUUUAUGCUCCAUUUCUGGGCCUAUGAACGGUACACUAUUUUAGCUCUAUAUCCAUGACAAACAGUACACUAUAUUCGGGCAAUUAAGUUCA